AUGCGAAGAAUCAUUGCCUUUCAAUCACGAAUAUCAAGAACUAAGGUGAACCUUGCCAACUAUGCUGCUGUUGUAUUUGAAAAGGUAACUCUGAACGAUGGAAAUGCCUAUGAUGCUAGAACAGGUAAAUUCACAGCACCUGAGGACGGUGUCUACUCAUUCACUUGGACAAUUCUUACCAAGGCUGGGAAGAAGUUUAACACAGAAAUUGUCCACAAUGGUAACAUUAAUGGUUACAAUCAUGCAGACGGCGUCUCAGGCAGUUCGAGCUACUCUUCCGGAUCUUCGUCAGCUAUAAUAAAAAUGAAGAAGAAAGAUGAAGUCUGGAUAAGAACACAUGGUGGAGAUGGGCAACAUGCUUAUGAUGACUGGUCAUCGUUUUCCGGAUUAAAGUUGACAACAUUGUUCAAAACGGCACUCCUUGUUGUGUGCAUGAUUUUCGUGGUGUAUGCAAAGGAACGCCCACAAGACAAGUACAAUACAGUGUGUCAAGGAAUGGGUUAUAUAACAACUAACUGUACAGCAGGAGAAAAAGGAAUCAUUGCCUUUCAAUCACGAAUAUCAAGAACUAAGGUGAACCUUGCCAACUAUGCUGCUGUUGUAUUUGAAAAGGUAACUCUGAACGAUGGAAAUGCCUAUGAUGCUAGAACAGGUAAAUUCACAGCACCUGAGGACGGUGUCUACUCAUUCACUUGGACAAUUCUUACCAAAGCUGGGAAGAAGUUUAACACAGAAAUUGUUAGCAACAGUAAUAUUAUUGGUUAA